ACUCGACUUUGUAAGAAAGGAAAUGACGCUUGAGAUCUGUAGCAGCUGAAAUGGUUAACAGAGGCUCUUCUUCCCACUACAGAACCUCCUUAACUGGUAGAUUCCUCUCAAGAAAAUCUUCCCGUUUCGCCAUUACUUUUCAAAUUUUCGCUAUAUUUGCCUUCUCCAUUUUCGUCUUUCUGGUUUAUACAAGAAAUUCUUUGGAAGAUGAACACGUACAACCUUUUUUGAACAGAAAAUCUCAAUCCCAUCAGGAUAAGAAGGCUGUUUUGCCAACUCAUCGCAAGUCAGAUGAGAAACUUUGGAAUGCUCCUUUUAAUUAUAAUUUGCAUCCGUGUAUCAAGCCAACUGCUAAAUAUAAAGCUGCUGUAGAUUCAGAGCGCUACAUAACCGUGAGAAGUAAUGGAGGACUGAAUCAGAUGCGCACUGGGAUAUCAGACAUGGUGGCUGUGGCACGCAUUAUGAAUGCAACUUUAGUCAUUCCUCAGCUGGAUAAACGGUCAUUCUGGCAUGAUUCAAGUGUAUUUUCAGACAUAUUUGAUGAACUUCAUUUUAUUGAAACCUUAAAAGAAGAUAUUCGGAUAGUUAAGCAGCUCCCUAAAGAACUGGAAAUAGCUCCUCGAGCUCGGAAGCAUUUCACCUCCUGGUCUAGUGUUAAUUACUAUGAAGAGAUGACACAACUCUGGAAGGACUAUCAGGUUCUUCAUGUUGCAAAGUCAGAUUCUCGCCUUGCAAACAAUGAUUUACCUCUUGAUAUUCAAAGGUUGAGGUGCCGAGCUCUAUAUCAAGCUCUCCGCUUUGCUCCCCCAAUAGAGAACCUAGGAAAGAAGCUGGUGGAGCGGCUCAGAUCACGGGGAGAGAGAUACAUUGCUCUUCAUCUGAGAUAUGAGAAAGACAUGUUAUCUUUCACUGGAUGUACUUAUGGUUUAAUUGAUGCUGAAUCUGAAGAGCUCAGAAUAAUGAGAGAAAACACAAACCAUUGGAAAGUAAAAAGGAUAAAUUCAACUGAGCAAAGAGCAGGAGGCUUUUGUCCACUAACUCCCAAGGAGGUGGGGAUAUUUCUUCGAGCUCUUGGCUAUCCACCAUCAAUACUAAUUUAUAUUGCUGCUGGGGAAAUCUAUGGGGGUGAUAUUCACCUUUUGGAGCUCAAAUCUCGUUUCCCGAACAUAGUUUUCAAGGAAACACUUGCUACUCAGAAAGAGUUGAAAGCAUUUGCUAAUCAUGCAUCUCAGAGUGCUGCUCUUGAUUACAUUAUUUCUAUAGAAAGUGAUGUGUUUGUUCCAUCAUAUUCUGGUAACAUGGCAAGAGCUGUUGAGGGCCACCGCAGAUUCUUAGGCUACCGCAAGACAAUCUCCCCCGAUCGGAAAGGACUUGUUGAAGUUUUUGACAUGCUGGAAAGUGGACAGCUAAGAGAAACAGCGUUGUCUCAUAUUGUGCUGCGAAUGCAUGAAAAUAGACAAGGAGCUCCAAGGAAAAGAAAAGGUCCACUGCCAGGAAUCAGAGGGCGAGGACGGUUCAGGACUGAAGAAUCCUUCUAUGAAAAUCCAUACCCUGAGUGUAUAUGUACUUCGAAAAGGCAUUUUUAAUGACAAAUGUACAGAUCAAAUGAGUUUUCCUUAUUAAGAUGAUUCAGUGCAAAACAUUGCUAGAAUCAUGACUUUUUGACGAAAACCAAUUAGACCUUGUGAGGUUUAUUUCGGUUGUAACAUGUAAGUUAAGUUGAAUCAAGUCUACCUACCAUCUGUCUGGUGAAAUCUUCCAUACCAGAGAAGUUAACAUAGUAGAUUACCUCUUUCUGUGAGCUACUGACAAGUUAUAGUUUCUUGAUUUGAAGAUCUUUCAUAUAAAUUUGAUUUGAUUAUGGCCAUUGAUUUACUUCU